UCGACUUCGCGACAUACUCAUUCCUCUCUGAGCAGUAACACUCGUGAUAGCAGACAUGCCUGAAGACUGGAAAAAAAUUGCUGCGGCGAAACAGCAGCGCAUCACCAACUCCAUCCCGGAAGAAUGGCGGAUUGACACUUCAUCUCUCAACGACAACGUCAUGGACAUCCCCGCAACUUGCGGACUUCUAACCAAAUCGGAACUGGGCAUCACCAACUCCUCUGCUACGGACCUGGUCGCUCAACUGGCAAACGGCAGCCUCAGAUCUGUGGAUGUCACGACUGCUUUCUGCAAGCGAGCAGCAAUCUCGCAUCAGGUCACAAAUUGCGCUCUAGAAUUCUUCCCCGAGAUGGCACUUGAGCAAGCCAAGGAACUGGACGCCUACUACGAGAAGAAUGGAAAGACUGUCGGACCUUUGCAUGGUCUGCCAAUUUCACUCAAAGACCAGUUGCGCGUCAAGGGCCUCGAAACGACCAUGGGCUACGUAGCGUGGAUCGACAAGUACGACUCCGAGGACUCUGUACUUACUGCCAUGCUCAGGAAAGCUGGUGCGGUUUUCUACAUCAAAACCUCUGUCCCACAAAGUCUCAUGGUUUGCGAGACUGUCAACAACAUUAGCGGUCGUAGUGUCAAUCCUCGCAACAAGCAUUGGUCUCCUGGUGGAUCCUCGGGUGGUGAAGGUGCGAACGUUGGCAUCAGAGGCGGUAUAAUUGGUGUCGGCACUGACAUUGGAGGCUCUAUUCGUGUUCCUUCCGCAUUCAAUUUCUUGUACGGAUUGCGACCAAGUCAUGGUCGACUUCCAUAUGGCAAGAUGGCAAACAGUAUGGAAGGCCAAGAGACUGUUCACAGUGUCGUAGGACCCAUCGCGCACUCUGUACCUGACCUACGAUUGUUCGUCAAGUCAGUCCUGGACCAAGAACCUUGGAAGCAUGAUUCGAAAACCAUCCCAAUGCCAUGGCGACAGUCCGAGCACGAUGCUGCGGUCAAGAGAAUCUCAAGCGAAAAGCUAACUCUUGGCUUCUUCAACAACGAUGGUGUCGUGAUGCCUCACCCUCCUAUCCUUCGUGGCAUGGAGCAAGUCGUCUCGACUCUACGAGAUUGCGGACACACCCUUGUCGACUGGAAGCCUUACAAGCAUGACUUCGCUGUCGACCUGAUACAAGGUAUCUAUGCGUCCGACGCCGGUAAAGACAUUCAUGCUGUCCUCUCUGCAUCAGGCGAGCCAGCCAUCCCAAACAUCAAUGAUCUAGUCGACCCUUCACGCUCUGGAGUCGACAUCACCACGCUUUGGGACGUACAGUCGCAGAAGUGGAACUUCCAAAUGGAGUACAUUGAGAAGUGGAACGAGAUGGAUGAACAGCUAGGCAAAGAGAUGGAUGCCUUCAUCAUGCCCAUUACGCCCACUGCUGCUAUUCGACACAACCAAUUCAGAUAUUACGGAUACGCCAGUGCGAUCAACUUGCUUGACUUCACGAGUGUCGUCGUACCUGUCACAUUUGCCGACAAGGAUAAGGACAAGAAGGUCGAAGGCUUCACGCCGAUGAAUGACAUGGACAAGCAGGUGCAGGAAGAAUAUAAUGCCGAAGCCUACCAUGGUGCACCAGUUGCGGUACAGAUUGUUGGAAGAAGACUGACCGAAGAAAAGACCAUGGCCAUCGCUGAGGAGAUCGGAAGACUCUUAGGUAAUGCGAUUACACCAUGAAGUGAGCGAAUGGUCAUGAUGAGCAUAGGUAGUACUAUAUGAGCAGAAGCACAUUGGUUAUCGAACACAAGGAUGACGAUAAUUUGCGUGAUGUAUCUAAAAUUUCUACUUCAGUGCUUCUCAAUUGCUUGACUCAGACUAAACGUCGUCU